AUGGCGACCGCUGCUAAUCCUACGCAAGAUUCCACUUCUAUAAUUCCUUUCAAGAUACAAGUUUCGGAUGAUCAAAUCGAACACCUGAACAAGAAGCUUGCCUUGGUCAGGCUUCCCGAUGAGCUCGAGAACGCGGGCCGCGACUAUGGCGUGCCCCUUGGAGACAUUCAACGACUUGUCGCGCGCUGGAAGUCCGGAUAUGACUGGAGAACGCACGAAAAACAGUUGAAUGACGAACUGCCCCAGUUCCAGGGGAGCAUCGACGUGGAAGGCUUCGGAUCCCUCAAAGUCCAUUUCGUGCAUAAGAAGAGCGAAGUUGAGAACGCUAUCCCCCUCUUGUUUGUUCACGGCUGGCCAGGGAGCUUCGUUGAAGUACGCAAGAUCCUGCCUUUGUUAACCCAGGAAAUUGCUGGGCAGCCUAGCUUCCACGUUGUGGCCUUUAGCCUUCCUGGAUAUGGCUUCUCGGAAGCGCCCAAAAAGAAAGGGUUCAAGAUAAAUCAGUUUGCAGAGGUGGGGCACAAGCUCAUGUUGUCAUUGGGAUACAAAGAAUAUGUUGCCCAAGGAGGCGAUUGGGGUUCAAGGAUUUGCCAAAGAAUUGCUAGCCUCUAUGGUGGCACACAUUGCAAAGCAUGGCAUACGAACUUUCCUUUACCCUUGGACACUUCGCUCAUACGCAACCCCCCCACCUUGUUUUCGCAUCCAUGGCUUUAUCUGUCUGGUCGAAUUUCUUCUUAUACCCCGGCUGAGAAGGCUGGACUGGAGAGAACAGCUUGGUUUAUUAAAGAAGGGCACGGCUAUGCUCAAGAACAUUCCACGCAACCACAGACUCUUGGGUACAGCCUCGCUGACUCCCCCGUAGGCCUCUUAGCUUGGAUCUACGAAAAGCUGGUUAACUGGACCGAUAACUAUCCAUGGGAUGACGAUGAAGCUGGUCCUGCGGCUUCGCUGAGAAUUUACUACGAAUUCCAUCAUGAAACUGAUACAGACCGUCCCAAACCACCUACGAUACCUGCUGGUGCUUCGUUCUUUCCCAAAGAACUACACAACUUACCCCGAAAAUGGACUAGGACACCGUACAGAAAGUUUGAAGCUGAGCAUGAUUCAGGCGGUCAUUUCGCUGCCCAUGAAAAACCGAACGAGCUAGUGCAGGACUUACGAAGAAUGUUCGGAAAGGGUGGUAUUGCCGAGGGCAUUGUCAAGGGAAAGACCGGCUACAAGGCCCUAAGUAGACUAUGA